UACUCCAAAUUGUGAGUUUGAGGUAUUCAAAAAAUAUUAUUACGGACAAGUGUGUACAAGUGACGGGUUUUAUUAAUUUCAAAUUGUUUGUCAUUGAAAAAACUACCGUGCCGCCACUGGUGUUUUCUGUCAAUUGUCAAAUAAAUGUCAACUGUCAAAUGUCCAAAAUUUUCCUAAAAAUCGUUCUAAUCGACGAAAUUUGGUGAAAGAGUGUUUUUCGGGCAUCCCUAAAGUGAGUUUGUGUGUUUCGGGGCGCCAUGAAGUGAGGAGGCUGCUUGCCGGUAAGCCAACAGUCUCAUAUGCCGGCAACGUCAAACGUAAAUAUGGUAGCGUCAAGUGCUUCGCAAUUUUUCCUCCACACCUCGCGAACUCUGUGUGAAAAUGUCUAAACAGGUCAAACGCAAAAUAACCGUGAACCUAACUCCGAAAAGCAAAGAAGUCUCGAAGCCUCGACCCAGCGUGUUCGAGCGACUCGGCACCAAAGCCAGUGCAAGUCAAGACUUUUGUCACCAUUGGGCCCAAAGCGGCACCUGUCCCUACGGAAAAGGCUGCAAAUACUCGUCGACGCACACUCUAAUCAGCCCCUCGAAGCGGGCGGCCAAGACCCAGCGCAAGGACAAUGCCCACAAGCGGGUCCAUCCCGGAAACCCAGACGAGGAUUGGGAGCAGUGGGACCCGGAGGAAUUAGCCGACGCCGACCCUGAUGAUCUAGAAAAACGCAGACAGGAACUGCAAAGAGAACUCGAACUCCAAAUGAAAAUGGAAAACAAAGCGCGCAAAAAGGACAAAAAGACGAAAAAGGAGAGCAGUCCCUCGACGGAGAGCUCCUCAUCGUCCUCGGACUCGACCUCGUCCAGCGACGACUCCACCUCCAGCAGCUCGUCGUCCAUUGAAACCCGCAGGAAGAAGAAUAAGAAAACCAAAACUAAACGCGACUCCUCGUCAUCCUCCUCGGAACGCCCCCCGAAAAAGAAACCAAAAACUAAAAGAACCUCCUCGAAAUCGUCACAACGUGCCGAAAAAAACAAAAAAACAACAAAAACGUCCAAAGUCAAGUCUCCAACGCCACAACGGAGCAGAAAACAAUCACAAACACCACCACCGAAAAUCAAACCGGGGGUUCCCCCAGCAAAGUCCCCGAGACCCACGAGUCGCUCGAGUGACCGUAAGGAAAAACACCACACACCGUCCCCAAAACCCAAAGAGAAAGACAAAGAAAAGGAACGCGAGAAGGAGAAAGAACGUGAGAGGGAAAAGGAGAGAGAGCGUGAGCGGGAAAAGGAACGCGAAAAGGAGAAGGAAAAGAAUAAGAAAGAUAGGGAGAAAGACGACCACAAAAAGAAAGAAUCAAGAUCACCGAAAAGAGACAACAGAUCAACAAAAAAAAGGGACACUCCCGAUUCAUCCCAUUCAAGGGAUAAGAAAAGUUCACCAAGUCGCUCAAAGGGCAGCACCAGUCGAAGGGACCACAAGGGUACGCCACCAAAAGACGAACGAAAUCGUGAUAAAAAAGACGAUAAGGAUAGAUCUCGCACCAAGGAUGAUAAAUCACGCAAAUCGCGCGAUCGUGAACGAGAACGUGAACGUGAGCGUGAACGUCGUCUUGCACGUGAAGAACGUGAAGCUGCACGUGAGAAAGAACGUGAAGAGGCAUUGGCUCGUUGUCAGGAGCGUCAGCGUGAACGUGAACGUCUCAAAGAACUCGCAAAGAAAGAGGAGGAGAGAAGAGGUCGUGAACGUAGUCGACGUGAAGAUCGAGGACUUGAUAAACCAUCAAGUGAUAGAGUUGAAAGAUUAUUACCAUUGCCUGAAGAUCGUGUACCACCGAGUCGGAAACAUUCGAGUGAUCGACGUGAACGUGACAGAAGAGAACGAACACCGGAACGAAGAAAAUCCCCAGAGAGGAGAGACGAAAGAGGUUAUGAUAGAUCAAACGAUCGGAAUUAUGAUAGGGAGUCGAGGGAUCGGGAUUAUGGAACGAUUCCGGCAAGGUUGAGGGAUACAGAAAGAAGGAUCGAGGAUAAGGAAUAUGACAGUCCGUAUGAUAGAGCGAGACAUGAUGAUCGCAGAUAUCUCGAUAUUGAUUAUAAUGAGAAUUCAAGAGAGGAUAGAUUAGCAGAAUAUCCUGAUGAUCGACGAUCAAGACGAGAUUUAUGGGAUUCACGAGAUGACAGAGAUCUAGAUUUGGAACAACACAGGAGAUAUAGAGAGGAUUCAAGACCACCAGGAUCACUGAAAGGAAGGGAAUGGGAAACGGAUUAUCCAGAUCAUGAUUGGGAUCGUGCAAGACGUCCCAUUGAUUGGGAAGGAAGAGAAAAUUGGGAUGCUUCAGAUCAUAAACAUUUAACAGAGGAAGAUUGGAGGUUGUAUAAUUGGGCUGGGGAGGAUAGGAGACGAUGGCCGGCUGAUUGGAGGGAGAGGUCACGACCUAGAAGUUCAACGUCUCAUAGAGAUGAUGAGACAAUGUCAGAAAGCCGAAGAAAGGAGCUUCCACCAAGACAAGACCCUCGUUCGGACCGUUCCGAUUCCAAAACGUCAUCAAUGCCAGAAGUGGAACCCAAAAAGGAAACCACCAAACGGCCCGCUGAAGAACCACCAGAACUCCCUCAAGAGCCGAAAAAACCACCCAUUGAGCCGGUUUUAGAAGACGAUCUUAGUGAAAUCAGUGAUGAUGCUGACGAUAUCCUCAACCGAGAUGAGGAAGUGUCUGAAGCGCCACCAGACGAAACUUUGGCCGAACAAACUGAAACUUUAUCAGUUAAAGAGCAACAAAACUCGGCCGCAUCCCAAAAAUCCCAAUCGCCGAGUCGUUCCCCGAACCGAAACGAGUCAAUCGAUGAGGAAAACAUGGAUUUGGACUUUGAGGAGAUCUCGGAGGAUGAGUUGGAAGAGGAGUCUCGAGUGAAAGGCAUCGGGGAUGCUUUGGGAGUGGAUUGGGCGAGUUUAGUGGCCGAAUCCCGCCCCCGAGUCAAGCCGAUGAGUUCGGCGAAAAGGCGCUGGGAGAGUCAUAAUGUUCUUGUCAAUCUUGGGAUUUCGGUUGAUUUAGCUGGCGAAGACUUGGUUAAAGACAUAUUAAAUGAGCAUGCGGAGGCUGAUAAUGAAAAUAGUGUGAAUGGUGUUGGGGAAAUUGUCAUUGCGCACCCCAUUGGGGCUAUACAAGUGGCAACUCGGGACAGGGAAGCCGUCAGAAAGGCACUAUUUUCUAAUGUUGGGCCCAAUUGUAGAGCGCUGUCGGCCCGACGUGACCUUAUGAUACGCAGACAUUUGUGUAAUUUACCCUUGAAGGAUACGUAUGUGGAAGCCCCCAAAAGACACGACCCGGAUUUAUUAAAACUAGCAGUGCAAAUGUUUGAACGGUGUUUAUAGUCUUAAAGCUUCAGUUUUGUGUGUUUUGACAAAUAAAUAAGACAGGUCGGUUCCAAGUUCGAUUUCUUGAGGAGCUUUCCCUCUGGAAAUAUAAUUGAGUUAUUUUUUAACAUGUUUCAAGUGUGAUGAUAUACUUAAUAAAUAGUCUUGCGUU